AUGGGCGAUGCUAUUUUCAGAACACACGGCAAAACGUACGAAGUCGGCCAAUCACGUGAUGUCGUCGGAUAUGCUGCGGGAGGCACCACUGAAGAUUAUGCAUACCAUCCUGAAGCUGGCUUGGAUAUUCCCUACGCAUGGGUCUACGAGCUCAGAGACGAUGGUAAAUUUGGAUUUUUGCUUGGGCCGGACGAGAUCAUCCCGACUGCCGAAGAAGUAGUAGCGUCAUUUAUUGAGCUGCGAAAUUAUUUGUUCUCUCUUUAA